GUCCUGUCUCUCACUGAAAUACUCUGGCCAUGUGUGCUUUUCUUGAUUCUGGCUGUAAUCCGCUUCCAGGAGCCCCCAAAAUACAAGGAAAACUGCUACUUAGAAGCUCGGGAUUUACCAAGUGGGGGCCUUUAUCCUUUCAUGCGGACUCUUCUCUGUAAUGUUGGUUCAAGAUGCAAGAAUACUAGUUAUACAACACAGAAAAACAACCGCUUACGUACUGCAGGCAUCCAGAGUGGUCCGGAGAGAUUCACAGGACCUGAUCUAGAUUUCAUGAAAGAGAUAGAAGAACUUGCAAAGGGAUUUAUUGAGACCACAGAGAAAGCCAUGGCUUUAGAAAAGCUAUGGGAGGAAAGCUCAAAGUUCUCAGGGCUCCAUAACAUCACAACUUUUCUUACUAUGGAUUUGAAUGAAGCAGAAGAAAUGAUUUCUAGAGCAGAAAACCUGUACAAGCAACCGUAUUUCUGGAACCUUCUACAUUCACUCCCUCGCCUUGAAUUGAACAGCUUUUAUGCAGAAGAUGGGUUAGCUGCCAUAGCACAGUUUCUAAAAGUCAUUCAAAAUACCUUAGCAUCAUUGAAGGAUUUAGCUAUGAUGCCAUUGGGCCAGAGUUUCUAUGAAGUGGUGAAAAUAACACUGAAUUUAACUGCUGCAUCAGUACAGGAUAGAAUCUUAGAAGGUUUUCAGUAUAAUCUUUCUCUCGGAGAUGUUUUGUGGAAUCCACAUGCUGUGAGAGCAGAACUUGAAUCCAGGUUUGGUUUUGAUGCUCUUCAUGUUGAGAAGCUGCUAAGGUAUACAGCACAAUUAACAAAGAUUCCCACAGGAGAGACACUGGAGCAGUUUGUGUGCUCUGCUCUGUCAAGUGUGCCAGAAGAUGAAGCAAACAAAGAGAAUAAUGAAGAUGACUGUAUUUCUGCAUGGCAUGAGGCCAAACUGUAUCUUGUUCAUGCUGUCAGCAAGCUCAGACUCUAUGCACAGGACAAGUGCAACAACAAGCUUGUAAAGAUUGACUGUGUUUUUAAUUUCGGAAUCCUGCAUCUGGAGAGAAUGCAGUCUGUACUUCAGGAUGUACCGCAGUGGCCUGUUACGAAGAGGUUGCUUCUGGUAGAUGGAGCUAUAAGGAACGUAAUAGCACAGUAUUUAUACUUCACUGAAGAAGCUUUACUUAGCCUGGAAAAACUGAUUCCCUUUGCCCAAAGAGAUGGAUUCAUUCAUCUAGACAUCAGAAAGCUGUUUGUGGAGCUAAAAAAGAUGUUGAUGAGCAAUGCUUCCUAUAUAUGCCAUGAUGUGCUUAAAACAUUUGAGAAGACCCUGAGACUUCCACAGGGCUCAGAUGACAUUGACAUUUUAGCAAUAUACAUGUGCUCUGGCAAUGGCUCAGAGGUGACCUUCAAGCUAAGUAACCAGGUCCAGUCACUAAGGGAAUCUGUUUGGCUUCUGCAGAAGGUAACUCAGGGACAACAGAGCCUUCCAGAUUCAAUAAUGGAUGAUUAUUUGGGAUGGCAAGAAAUAGAAGAGCAGCUAACCAAAAAUUAUGCUUAUUACUGUGAAAUUAAUCAAUUGCUGAGCACAGAAACACCAUCUGAGGAGGAUGUCCAUUUCAGCUCUUGUCAGGAACAGCUGCUCUUCUCACUAAUUAAUAAUACACUUGAAGAAAUUUUGUUUGCUUUUGAGGGAAACCCAUACUGGAAGGAUUUAACAACUUUUGUCAGUUGGAUAUGUCAUGUAGCUCAAUACAUGGAUGAGGAAGCAGGCUCCACGGGAGGUCAGUCAGAUGGACUAGAAUCAUCUCUAUGUUCUAGACAAAAACUCAGUUUGGAGACCAUCCUAGGUCUUUAUUUGGCAUUUCUGAAAGACUUACCAAAUUAUUCCUCACAUAUUUCCUGGGCACGGAUUUUGACACCUUUCAAAGAGUUUUUGAAGAGAGAAGAAAACUUAAGGACUUCUGGUGAAAAGGAAAUGGAUCAUCUUUUUCAUCUUGUAGAAGUCAUAGAAGAAAUCAUAAUGCUUGAUUUCUCGGCUUCUUCAAACCAGUCUUUAAUUGAAAAUGUCUUGAAUAAUACAAUUAUAUGGAUAAAAAAAAUUGCUGAGGCAAAGGAAUCUGCUACUAAUUUCUCACUUGCAGUUUCUGAACUCCAUAAUGAUCUACAAAAGAAUUUCCAGCCUCUUCAGAGAUUCUGGACAAAAGAGAAGACAGAACUUUUCUGGCAUAUAGUGAAUAUUGUGUUUUAUGAACUUGAUUCUAGGCUCUCUCAUUUGAGUCAAGUGGAAGAGGAGGUGAUAUUGAAGACCUUAUAUAGAAUUAUAUUUUCCAUUACAGAAAAUAAAAUCCAUAAUAGAAGUAUGCUGUUGCUCCAAAAUAUCCUGACUGAUUGGCCAGAGUUAAAUAUUGCUGCUUUGAACCACCUAAAACACUUAAGUGAAAACUUCUUAAGGAAUCUCUAUGAUGUCAAAUCAUUGACUGAUGAUCAUGUCAAUGUGUCUUUCAGCACAAUUCAUGGAGUGAGUAAUGCCUCUUUAUUACUCUCAAAUGCAACUUUUAUAUAUAAAGUACAAGAAUUAGGAGAAAUAGUGCAUCAUUUCUUCAAGAACAUCCAAAAAUUAAUCAGUACUAGUGCAGUCUCACUUGUUCCAAUACUUUUCUCUCUGUAUCAGUAUGAUGAUCUGGUCUUAAAUAUUGAGAGCAAUAGCACUCUGUUAACAUUUCUUUAUGAGACUUCAGAAGAUAUUUCAUCUUUUCAAGUAUGGCACGAUUUCCAAGAUAGUGAUCGAGCUUUUGAUUUUCUGUCUGAAACUUUUGAUCUUCUCUGGAACUUCAGCAGUAAGUCUCUCUGUGAAAAGUUACUGAUCAUUUACAAUUACACAGAGUUUCAGGCCAAGUCUCUUGCACAGAAAGGAAAAAAAGAGAUGCAAGUUAUCUAUAGCACUCUGAGCAGUCUUAAAACUUUGCUUAUAGGUGAAGAGUUCCCAACAGCUGCCUUUUGUUAUUUGGAACAGUUCCUUGAUAUCUCCCCAGAAUGCCUGGUAAAUAAUGGGUGCAUUGAUUUUUAUCUAUCAAAUGUUACUUCUGUAGAUCAUUCAGCAGAGGUUUACAGCUUACUUCUGCUUCCAUUGGACAGUAUUCUGUCUAAUAUAACAAAUUUGGGAGAUAAGGUAAGUGUGCCUUAUGCUUUGCGCUGCACUUUUACAUGGCUUCAAACCUGGACAGAGAUUUUUGAAGAAGCAUCCAAAAUCUUAAAUUUGAAUUCAACCUUUUUCAUCUGUCUAAGAAAUGGUUUGACAAAUCUCUCUGAAAGUCUUUUAAAUACAACUCAUGACGAACUGUGCAAUAAUACAGCUAUGGUUAUUGUUGAAGCUACAACAGCAGCAAUGAAACUAUUGAUAAUCAUAUUUGAAGGAGGUGGUGAUUUAAGCGACUGGAAAGAUUUUGAAGCUUUCCUUGCUAAUCUUCAAACUGUAUUUAACAAUGCAGUUGAUGUCACAAGCUUGCUUAAAGGUAACAGUUUAGAAAACGUUUUAGAAAUGAUAGGAGUCAUGAUAACUGAAUUACAGAAAUCUAUACUGAACGUUGUUAAUGGAGAGUUUUUGAAUUCUUGGCUUGAUACAUUCAUCUCGGGAAGAUCCGAGGGAGAAGAUAGGGGUGCUGGUGUAUUUUCCAUUGGAAAUUCCCUUUCUGCUAUUCUCAAGCUCUCCCAAAAGGAACUUGGAAUUAUUCUCACUAAGAUAAAAGACACAACUGCUUUCUUCAAAGCAAAAACUUUAAAAUUUAUUCUCCCUGAAUUUUAUGUAAAAGAUGACAUUAGGGUUCUUGACUUUAUUUUUACACUUUUAAAUAACUCUGGAGGGCAAAUGCAAAUGGCUGUCAAUGAUUUAGUGGGGGACUCAUGGUAUACCUCAAAUAAGACCCAUUUUAGUCAGUCAAUCCAUGGAUUUAACAGGACUUUCAGGAUGUUCCUUAAUCCUUUUCGUCAUGUUCAGCUUUCAUCAGUAGAACUUUUGGCAGAAAUUCAAACUUUUCUGAAGAAUAAAACUUUUGAAAUCCAAGAAAACAGCUCCUCUCAUUUGGACAUUGAGAUUGAACAUUUCUUGCAUGGGAAAAAUACCAGUUUGCUGAUAGAAUUCUUUCAAUAUGUGAUUAGCAAACUUGACCCAAACUUGCAGGGUGAACACAAAACAUUUCUCCAGAAACUGAUAGAAACAGCAGCUCUGAAUAUUGAACUGGUAAGGAAGGUACAUGAAAAUUUUAAGUCUUCUAGUUUUAUUGGCUUUCCAUUAAGAGAUGAUAAAGAGUUUCUAAAGCAUACGGUAGACUUGGUGCAAAAUAUGAGGAACAUGGAUGUUGAGUUCUUGAUAAGUCAAUUCAAACAAGUCCAGAGGAGCCUAGAUAAUUUCUUUAAAAAUAUCAAACCUUUGUGUAUUGAUAACUCUGAGUUAGAAAUGUUAACUGACUGGUGGAAUGCAUUUGAGAACAAUUCGUGUAAACGGAACCUGACUGGGUUGUGGCAAAUAACAAGACUCUUUGAACACAAUGAACUCUAUGAUGUAGAAGAGAUGUUCCACCUCCUCCUUGAUGUCAUCAGCCUUUCAGAAAGAUUAGCUCAUGGAAACAUCACAGAAGCACUAAGUGAAGUAUAUACUUUCAUAUUGACUCAGGAAGCAAAAAUGCCAAUGUUUACUGAAGAGGAGUUCUCCAAUCAAGUAGAAAGUCUUCUAAUGUUAUUGGAGAUGUUGACAGAUACGUCUGACGAACCUGCAGAGGCCUCAAUUUGUUUUUCUACAGCGUUCUGCUGGACUCUCACAACAGCAGCACCUCAGAGUGAUCCCACUUUUAAACCUUGUGACUUUAUGUAUAGCAAUUCUACUCUUAAUUACAAUGCAGUCAUUGAAGUCAUUAAGGAGCUGAAACUCAUCACUCUGGAGGACAGUUCCUCAUGCGGUAUGGAACACUUUCAGAUGGAUAUCGCUCGCAAUCUGACUUGCUUUUUCCAUCAGAUCAGAGAAUGGAACUCUAUUCUUUUGAAGUUUUCUGAGCUCCAUCAUGUGAAUGGUUCAGUUCUCAAAGAGCUGCUAGAUUUUUGGAAUGAGCUAUCCCUCUAUGCUGUGCCACUGCAGGUGAAUAAUACAUACUCAAUCAAUUGUUCCUCCACACCAAAGAGAAAAGUGGCUUUACAAAUUGUAGAAACACUGGGAGGUAUGCCAGUGGGAGAAAUGGAGAUGGCAAAAGAUGUUCUUGAACAACUGGAUGAUCUUUAUGGUGGUCUAAGUUGGAACAGACAUUCAAGAACAUCCCUUAUAAAGACUGUUCUUACUCAUGUUAAGAAUAUGACCAGUGAAAUUUCUGGGGUCCUGGAUACAGAAGCUGUCCUUUCUUUUCUUUCUGUAAUUCAGCCUUUAAUGACGCUGUCUUCUGUUGGAAACCAGACAUAUUCAAUGUUUAUGAUAUUAUCAGCUUUAAAUGGAAACAGUAAUAUAUCUGAUAACUUUGAGAACUUCUUGUUUCCUAUAGUUACAAGCAUAGAAGAUUUACUGGUGAAUUUUAAUGUUAGACACUUACUUGUGGUGAUAGACCAAGAGUUUCAAUUACUGAGGUUAGCCACUGGACAGUCCUCUUCAAUGGCUCAUGAUAUUUUAAUACAGCAGUUUAAUGCAUCAUCUGUAGAAGCUAUGUUAAGAAAUUUUGAAGACAUACAAGAGAUUGUGAACAGCUUUCUAUGCAAGUGUAACAAUAAAAAUUAUACUAAAAUAAUGCAUGCUCUAAUUCUCCUUAUGACUAAUGAAAAUUCUUCAAAUGACCUACUGCUGGUUGUCAAAGACAUUAUUGGCUUUCUGGAACUAUUCCAAAAGAAGUCUAAGGAAGACAACACUGGUAUGUUGUUUGUUGAUGGUCAUCUUGGGAGAGAAAAAUUGAAUAAUACUCAUACCGCUAAUUCAGUUUUGCUAAACAGUCUCCUUCAUGCAAUUGCUGAUCAUGAUGUUAUAGAAGAAGCUCUGCAUAUCAACAAUAUUGAGCUUCAGAUAGUCAAUUUCAUUGACUCAUUUUUUGAUAACGUACUAUACAGAGAAGUUUCUACUCAGUCCCAAAACAGAACUCUGGAGAUCAUGCAAGAGAUCUUGCAAAUGAUAUUUCAGUCUACUACAGAACAUGACAGGAACAAAAUAACUUUACCAAAGGAUUUGCAUAAGGAUAUAAUGGCAGAAAUGAGAGCAUCUGAAAUCUGCAAGAUUCUUCAGAAACAUUUAUACCCCGAUAGUGUCCUACUAUUGCAGAAGUUGCAGUUUACUAUUUUGAAUGUUCUUAAAAUUUUUUCAGAAGAACCAGUUGUCAUUGGCAAUGUUUUCUGUGUUGUUACAAAGUGUAAAGAUGGACUAAUGAGUUACUUAUUCCUCUCUGUCAUUGAAGGAAUCACUCUGCUUCAAGUUCAUUAUCAGGAUAUUGAAAGAAUGUGGUCUGCUUUCAACAAGGGGGAUUGUGAGAGUAUGGCAUAUAUAAACCAAAAACUUUCUAGUACUUUGGAGAGCUUUCCAACAGCCUUGCGGAAUACCAGCAAUGGCAGCUGUGAAUGUCAACUAACAUUGGGGAACAUACAGAGACGACUGCAAAAGAUGGCUGAAAAUUUGGAGCUACAGUUGUCAGAAAAUCCAACGGCAGCUUUUCUCAGCAAUUUUAAUCUUUUGAAUGGUGUGAAAGUCAAAGAGUGUGUGCAGAAUCUUACUCGGCUGAGGCUGGACAUUGGUUCUUCUGUCAAUAUUUCUGAAGAAACUAUCAAUGCCAUCUUGGAAGCCAGUAUCUCCUAUUCAAAGUUUUCUUACAGUGCCUUUGUAGCUUUAACUGGAAGAUGUGAUGAAGAAGUACUUAGCCUGCUGCUAAAGCUACCUGAAAAGACUAAAACUUCCCUGGUAGUCGAAGAAUUAUGUUCUUUACCAGCAUUGGACUUGUAUACCAUGUUUGUACUGAUUAUACAGAAUUUGAACUUACGUCAUAUCAUUUACAAGAUUAAGAUACCAUCUGAGAUAGGCAAUGUACUAAACAUGCUACAGGAUAUGGUUUCUAGCAUCAGCUCUCUUCUCAAUAAAGCCCACCAUGUCAUGGAAAACCUUCCAGUGUUCCUCCAAGGAAUUCAAAAUAUUGGUGUGCUUGACAUCUCUGCAUUGCAGCAGUUCUUGCAAGGUGGGCAGUUCAGAAGUUCAGCUGCUGGAUCCCUGGAGUCUAUAAUCAAGGCAGUGUGUAAAGAAGAAUCUUCAUUUUUCAGCAAUACAAACCUGUUCAUUGACAUGCCCAAAAUCAUGGGACUUUUGGAGGACAAUAUGGCAAAGUAUGGUAUUCCUGAAGACUCAACUCCAUUUUGCUUGAAGCUUUAUCAGGAGAUUUUGCAGUCUUCUAAUGGGGCUUUGCUAUGGACUUUCCUGAAACCUUUAUUACAUGGGAAGAUACUGUACAAUUCAAACAUCAACAUGAUUGACCUGGUGAUGGAGAAGGCUAAUUUCACUUUUGGUUUUGUGGAAAACUUGAAGACUUAUUCUGAGACAUGGCUUAGGGUGUCUGAGGUUUUUAAAACCAGUGGAAAUGUCCUCAAAGUCUCACGACUGCAGGAAGCACUGCAAAGCGAUUUCAUAAAGCACUUUAUAGAAAGUAAUUUGGAUAUUGACAUGGAAAAACUCUUUAAAAAAAUGCAAGUAUAUGAAACUAUGAUGAACAAGAUGCUUAACAGCUCAGCAAGUAAACAGAUUGACCUGUUGUCACAGCUUGUAGUAAAUAUCUCUUCCUGUGUGUUACUGGACCGUUUCCAGCCUUUUGACUCUAUUGAGAAAUUGGAGACAGCAGCUCAUGAGCUCAUGCACCAAAAUAAUUUUUUGAAUCAAUUAAUUGUACAAAACAGUUUAAAAGACAAGAAUACACAGGUUUCUAGCAAUCUCCUUCCACGACACAUUUCAUAUACAAUUAGAACCAGCGUUCUCUACAGCAUGAGAACAGAUUUGAUUAAGAACCCGGUGUGGAAAUCCCAUCCCCAGAAGUUGCCAGCUGAUGGGUUUAAAUACAACCAUAUCUUUAUUCCUCUUCAAGACAUGAUUGAAAGGGCAAUUAUUUCAGUACAGACUGGGACAGAUACUUCAGAGCCAACCAUCCAGGUGCAAGCCAUGCCUUACCCAUGUCAUACCAGUGAUCUGUUCUUGAACAAUAUAGGUUUUUUUUUUCCACUUAUGAUGAUGUUAACAUGGAUGGUUUCAGUUGCUGGCAUGGUUCGCAAGCUGGUUUAUGAAAGAGAAAUUCAUCUUGAAGAGUAUAUGAAGACAAUGGGUGUACAUCCAGCCAUUCAUUUCUUUGCUUGGUUUCUGGAGAAUGUCAUUGUACUCACAAUAAGCAGCUGUGCUCUUGCCAUCAUUUUAAAAGCAAGUGGUAUCUUUGCUUAUAGCAACGGCUUCCUCAUCUUCCUUUUUCUCCUGGAUUUUGGCAUUACAGUUGUUAUGUUAAGCUACUUUUUGGGAGUGUUUUUCAGCAGUGCCAAUACAGGAGCUCUGUUUGCCAGCCUUGUGUAUAUGAUCAGUUUUUUACCCUACAUAGUUUUGUUGGUCUUGCAGAACCAGUUGAGUUUCACCAACCAGAUUAUAAUGUGUCUUCUGUCUACAACUGCCUUUGGGCAAGGAGUAUUUUUUAUUACAUUCUUUGAAGGCCAAGAAAUAG